AGAGGUUUUAGGUGAAUGAGAACCCGGAAAGUUCACUACUAUUAGAAAAAACAUUAGAAAGUCUCUUUCCAAUGGGUAGUCCUUGUUUACGAACACGCUAUCGGCGCCUGUGUGCCCUUUAAUAACGGUUAUUAACGGCAUUAUGUAACGUAAGUUUACCAGAGUAGCUAACCGUCGAAGCUGUCUGUCUGGGUAAUAACACAGCAAGCUGACGUUAAACGGCGACACGAAGUCUUCCCGAGACUGUUUACGGGAGACAUGAAGGCAGAAUAAACAUGAAAGUUUAAGAAGAAAGGGACUAAAAUGAAGCCAAAACGUACCCAGAGGCAUCCGGGAUCCCAAAUACAAGGAAAAGGCCUUGGUGCUGGUGGUGACAAGGCAACCCUGAGUCAGGCUAAGCCUGCUCAGGUCAAACCUUUUGCUGGGAAAGUGUUUUACCUGGAUCUGCCAUCAAAUAGAGGAGCAGAGACAUUGGAGAGGGACAUCAAGGAGCUUGGAGGAACAGUGGAGAAGUUCUUCAGUAAAGAAAUAAAGUACCUGGUGUCAAACAAGAGGGAGGCUAGAUUCGUUCAUUACCUCAAACAGGACUCUCCAGUCCCCAGCCCAGAUUCGGGACCAAGUUCUCCUCAUCCUUGCUCAAACCCACAUCGACCUGGCAGCCAUGGGGACAUCAUCAAAAGCAAGUCUCAGGGCCAAACAGACACAAUUGUUACAAGUAGGGGGAAGUCUUUGGUGGAGAAAGUGGUGAAAGAGCAGAAGAAGGUGCAAAUGAACAAGAUCUUGUCAAACGCUCUGGAGUGGGGUGUGAAAAUUCUUUAUGUAGAUGAUAUAUUAAUGUAUGUUGAGAAGAAAAAAAAGACAGUCAGCAGCCAGUGCCCUGCUACCACUGCUGUAAAAAAAAGUACCAAAGUGGAGUCAGCAGAAAAACACAGCUUUCAGAAAAUCAAAGGAGGACGGAUUAGUAAACCCUUUAUCAAGGUUGAGGACUCAAGCAGGCACUACCGUCCAAUCUACCUCACUAUGCCAAACAUGCCUGAGUUCAACCUGAACACUCUUCCUCCCUGUACUCCAUUCCGUGUCGAGGACAAGGAUCCCGCUGGGAACAAACAGAGAGGACAGAGUGAAGAAAGAGCGCAUGGCCGAAAGAAGAACAGAGACAAGAAACGAGGCGGCUACUGCGAGUGUUGUUUGAUCAAAUAUGAGAACCUCACAUCGCAUCUGCAAAGUGAUCGCCACAAGGCUUUCUCAAAGAGUGAGGAAUAUUUGGUCGUGGACAGACUGGUUUCAGCUCUUCCCUGCAGCUUAAUUCACAUGAAACCUCAAGUAAAAAGACCCAAGUGCAGUGUUUCUUCAGUUCUGGUCACUCCUGGACCGUGUGGAAAAACUGAGCAAAGACACAAGAGAGACCUGAAUACCUCAGAGAUUCUUAAAGAAGAGCAGCAACAGACUGACGAUGGGCACAAGGGAUCUAAUUCAGGACAAAGUUUGAAAAUGAAGAAUGUCUCUGCUUCUGCUCCUCUAAUUCACAAAGAGAAGGACAGGCGGAGUAAUUAUACUCACUUGGACAGAUCCAAGCACAAACCUUCUUCACAUAAACGGCCGUGCAGACAGAAUUCAUUGACUUUUUGCACUCAGACAGCAGGGCUGGAUGAGAUUCCUCAGCCUGAUACAGAGACGGCUCCCUCUAGGGGUGAAACUGUAGCCUCUACCCUUUCUGGUUUUACUCAGGUUGACCCAGCGGACGAAAUCAUAACUCAAGAAAUGAAUAGCUCACCCUCCCACUCCUGCUCUGUGAACAAACAGAAGGAAGCUUCACAUCAACAUGAGGAGUCAGACAGGAGGCAGGACUCUUCAUUGUAUGAGGCUGCUCAAAACAAAGUAACAGGAAACAACUCAGAGAAGGAUGAAACAAGUCCUUCCUCACUAAACUUUUCUCCUGUUCGGAAAAUACAGAGGAGGGUGAGAGUUUAUAAACGCAAAAGACGUAAAGUGGAUGCUCAAGUUGAAUGUGUAAAGCCAAGUGAAAUUCCCACUGACCCCUUGAUGAAACUUUGGGAGAUUUUUCAAUCCAGUGAUGACAUGGAGGUUGAAUUUCUUGGCUUUUAGGACCAGGGAGGGGACAAAUGAACUAAAGGGAUUAACUGGGAGUACUGCUGUCUGUUCUAUGACAAGAGCCACUUCAGAUUGUGUGCCAUGGACUCUGCAAACCACUGAAAGCUUUUUGUCUUCAAACACAAGUGAAAGAACAACAGUAUGAUAUCCACUGAUAAAUAAUUAUCUAUACAAAAAGGAGAGAUGUACCAUGUGCUCUCGUUGUGUAGUAAACUCCAGGUAAAAGCCAGGUGCUCUUGAAGAAUAUCGCGUAAAUUGUUGAAAAAGGGUAGAAGCCACCAGGGCAAUCUUUAGGCACACUCGCUCGAGUCAAGGAUUAGGUUGAAAAGCCUGUAGUGGUUCAGGGCAUAUCUAAUAAAACAGUAAAACCACAGAGAAAGCCAACCAGUUUCGACCACACAGGGUCUUCAUCAGGGUGUCAACAAGACACAGACACAGGUGAGGUUCAUUUAAAGAAUCAUGUGACCUGAAGACUGAACUAACACCAGCUUGAAAGUAUAAUGCUAAAGAGAUUCUCAGAAUGAAUAUAUAACCCCUAAUAAUCUGUGGGUUUAAAGGUAAUGACAAUAUAAAGGAGAGUUAUAUGAGAGAGUGACAAAAAAGAAAAUAUGCUGUGUAUGUAAAAUGUCUACAAAUGCAAAAUAUAAGUUAAAUUAAUCAAAAGGUGCAGGACAUAGAAAUAUAUAUAUGUGUGUAUAUAGAUGCACACAUACACACACAUACCUAAAGAUAUAACAGGCUACAGUAAAAAUAUCAACCUAAGACAAAUUCAUAAAAAAGGGGGGUAAGAUGCUCAAAGAAGGUAUAAGUGUGUAAAUUAAUAAAUAAAUCAAUUAUUUAAUCAAUAUAUCAGUUUAGAAUUCAAUAAAUCUUCUAUAAUUAGACAUGCCCUGAACCAUUAAAGGCUUUCAACCUAAUCCUUGACUUGAACAAGUGUGCCUGAAGAUUGCCCUGGUGGCUUCUACUCUUUUUCGACAAUAUAAUUAUCUAUAGAAGUGUUACAUGAGGUGAAAGGUAGCUGUUGUGCUUUUAUUUAAGUAUAUUGAAUAAGAUGCAAAAUUUACAACAGGUUAACAAGCAGACAUUACAGUAUUUCACAUUUCUCUAGACCUUAACAGGGUUUACCUGGCUGCAAAAAACUCCUCACAAAGACCAGUUAAAGUGCACAAUCAAAGUGUAGUAACAUGUUUAAAUUAUCUUUGCUUUCAACAUCAAAGUGCCAAUAAGGCACAGCCCAUUCUGCCUAGCAAUAACAGCAUACAGUCAUUCAUGCUGGUCUUUUUAAUGCGUAAAAACUUCUUUGUAACUUAAAUAAAAUCUGGACUUGUGAUGGUAAGUCGUCCCAAAUUCCCUUCACAAAAUAAAAAGGACAGAACACAAUAUUCUUUUUGUCAAUCUGAAACUAAAUGUACAAAAAAGUAUUUUAAAAAACUUUUACCAACAGUACAAUCAAUUAUUUAUUACACUGUGGAUUUUAUAGAAGUCUGAAUACUUUAGUUAAAGCUCAAUCUUAUGUUGAAAAAGCUGCUUUUGUCAAGGUGUUUUACAUUACAUGCCAUCCUCUCAGACACGGGUAACUUAUUGUUUGUGUUUAGAUGCUGAAUAUGUAAUGUGAAUGAUCUGCACGAUUAAUGUGUAGUGCUUGACAUUAUAUAUGACACUUUCAGACUCUUCCUAAGUGCACUUUGAAUGACCUGCUUUCAUUUGCUUUUUCUCAGAUGCAUUAGCUCAGCUUCUCCCUUCUUCUCUUUGCAUUUAGUGCAUUAGCAUGGUGCCCUUGUUCCCUCACUGCUCUCAAAUGGGAGUCUUUGUGCCCCUGGCAUUAUUAAAAGACACGAAAACUGUGUGUCAAUGCAAGGGGCAGCAUACAGUACAUCAAAUUAAAGGGAAAGGCUACACUGAUUGCAGACAUUGUUUCUUUUAGUUGCUCUUUAUACAAAUAAUACUGUUUUUUCUCCAGUGUCUGACUGAAUCAAGAGGCUUGGAGAUUUUAGACUGGCAGAAGAAGAAAUUUAAACAUAUUACGUUGGGAUCUAGGAAAUACUGAUAGGACAAUUUCACAUCAUAAACCUGUAUUUUGUUAGUUAAAGCUUUACCGUAAAAUGAACUAAAUAGUAAAAAUAGUACAUUUACAUUUCAUUUCAUUGAUAAAUUUCCUGUUUUCUCAGGAGGCUUGAGCCCUUUACUGACACAUACACAGUAUCAAACCUCACUGAGUGUAGUCCUACAUACGUGAUCUGUUUUGGCUUUGACUAUUCUAAGAAAAUAGAAGACGAGAGAGUUCCUUAAAUGGUCCUCAUCAGUCCUUUUUAGAACAUGAUAAAUAUCAACUGUGUUUAAAAUCUUUAACUUGGAUCCAAGAUGUGUUAUUCCUUUGCAUUUGAGCAGUAUCAACUCCCUGAGUGAGCUAUCACAAUGUGUCUACCAAUAAAUUAUUGUCUCAUGCAUGGACAAGCUUACACCUGCUGAAAUAAUCAGAUGCACACUUAAAUGAACAACUGGAAGAGUCUUCACAGUACCAUUGUUUAGAACGUUGUUUUUAAACCUACUACUAAGGUAAAUUCUUGCUUUGUAGGGACAGAUUUAUUAGUCUCCCUAUGAAAAAUUCAAUUUUUGUUAAUAUUUCCCAAGUGCUGUUAAACAGAGCAAGGGAUUUUUAAUACAGCUUCUCCAAACGUCUUAGUUUUUAGGGUUAGCUGCUUACAUUAUUUUAAUUUUCACACAUGAACAAAAUUAAUUUACUAGAACCAAAAACUACCAAGGUCUAAAUUAUUAGCCCCCCUGAUGAUAAUAGUCAGUUGUGUCUCCUUUUUGCUGGGUAAGAGCCUGCAGCUGUUUGCUGCAGUUUGAAAAACAAGUCAUUCACUUUAGUCUACUGGAGGAAGUUUUUCACCAGGGCACAUGUAUGUUUUGGGGGUGUUGUCAUGUUGGUAGAUAAAGCAACAACCCAGACCCAGUUUUGCUACUGGUUUUCUUUCAAAAUCCUCACAUAUCCUGCUUUCUCUAGUUCCAGGCGCACUGAAGCAUCUCCACAGCGUAAAACUCCCACUGCCAUGUUUCAUCAUGGGGACAGUGUCCUUUGGUUUAUACGACUCUCUAUUCUUUCUCCAAACAUAAGCAGCAGCUCUGUGGCCAAAGAGCUCUACUUUGGUCUCAUGUGACCAAAGAGCACACUCCCAGUGUGCAUAAUCUAUCUUCAGGUUGUCCUCAGCUAUCUGGCUUGAAGGUGUCUCUUCUGCUGAAGUGGAAUUUUUCUUGGUCCAUUCCUGCAUAGAGCUCUAGUGACUGUCUUCUUUGAGACUACAAUUCCUGACUUGGCUAAAUCAUUUUCUAGUGUCUUGGCAGUUGUUCUGGGGUCUUUAGACACAUCUCACACUAGUUUUCUUUCCAGAAUCUUAGCAAACUUUCUUUUCCUACCUUUGCCAGGCUUGUUCUGGUGUGGCUGUCAUUGAAUUUCUUGAGUAUACUUUUCAAUCCAGUUCUUGACACUCGAAAACGCUGUGAUAACGUUCCCAAGUCUGAACCGAUUUGUUUUUGCCACAAUGCUUUCUCCAGUGACAGCUCAAACCUUUACUGAAGUUUUUAGACUGUGUGUAAAUUGGAAGAUAACACUCAGUUUUAACUUGAUUUUACAAGCUUUGAGCAUUACAAAGCUAAAAUCGUCAUUGCACAACAGUGGUUUGUGCUUGGGCUCUUCUAAAGGAGGCUGAUAAUUUUGACCCUGGCUGUAUUUGAUUUUUUGUGAAAUAAUUUUGUGUUUAUGUGCAAAGUAAAAU